AUGGCAUCAUUCGAAGCAUUGUAUGGUAGGAGGUGUCGUUCUCAGUUUGUUGGGUUUGAUGCAUUUGAGGUGAGGCCUUGGGGUGCAGACUUGUUGAGAGAUUCUUUGGACAGGGUCAAGUUGAUUAAGGAGAGACUUCUCACAGCUCAGAGUAGACAGAAGAGUUAUGUGAAUCGAAAGGUUCGUGACUUAGAGUUCAUGGUGGGUGAACGCGUUCUGUUGAAAGUUUCAGCCAUGAAAGGUAUGAUGAGGUUUGGGAAUAAAUGCAAGGUUAGCCCUAGAUAUAUUGGUCUGUUUGACAUUGUUCAGUGCAUUGGUGAGGCAUCCUAUAAGUUGUCUUUGCCUCCUGGUUUGUCGGGUGUUCACCCCGUGUUUCAUAUUUGUAUGCUCAAGAAGUAUCAUUCAGACGACUCUCAAGUGAUUCUGUGGGACUCGGUGUUGCUUGAUCAGAAUUUGACUUUCGAGGAGGAGCCAAUUGUUAUUUCAGAUAGACAGAUCUGGAAGUUGACUUCCAAGGAGAUUGCUUGGGUAAAAGUUCAGUAG